UCAUGUCUGGAUGUAUUGAUCUGAACAUUUUGAUUCAGGAUAUCUACUCCACUGGUUUGUCAGUGCUUCGCUGCUGUGUUUAACAAGUGUGCUCACUACAAGUUGGAUACGGGUAUCAUCGUGUUGAGAUCCACUUGAAAGCUACACUGUGAGGUUUAGAGUGAUACCGUAUGUUUGUGCAGCAAAAGCGCGGAAGGAAUCGUGUUCGGUAAUGAAUAUGUCGACGGAUCCAAGCAAACAGAUCGACGUAGUUGCGCUGGGGGAGAGUAUCCUCUCACUUUACUCCAGGACACCGGACAGCGCAGGGCUGCUUCCAAUUUACAAAGCGGUAGUCACUGGGCGUGACAAGGCUGUGCGAGAACUUAUCUCAUGCCGAUACGGUUACGAGGUUGACUCUGAAGUAAGUGUCAAGGUGCGGUAUGUAAGCACAAUGUUUACAACUUUUCUUGACAUUGUUGAGUUUCCAUGUCAUGAAGACGAAUCGUCAUCAUCAUCAGAUGAUGAUGGUGACGAUGAUGAGGUAUGGUCAACGAGCGCCACGCUACUGUGGGUAGCCAGUGCCCUUGGACACACAGAAGUUGUACGUGUUCUUGCUGAUGCGGGCGCUUCUGUAUACUAUAUCACAAACAAUAUUCAUGUUUUAUUGGCCGCGGCAUGCAACGGGCAUUCUGGAGUAGCGCGGCUGCUGAUUGAAAGGGGAGCCUACGUAAAUUGCGAUGAUUUGGAUGGUAAGUCAGCCUUGUACGUUUCCGCAGAAAAUGGCUACAGUGACAUUGUGGAGUAUCUUGUUGACGGAGGAGCUGACAUCAAUGCAAAGAACACUCUGGGCCAGUCAGUCCUUUCCAUAUCUUCGUAUAACGGCCAUAGCGAGGUAGUUAAAUGCUUGGUAAAGGCAGGAGUAGAUCUUGAUGCUGAAUAUGAACCUGGAGCCUGCGAGACGGCAUUAAUAAUGGCCGUUAUAUUAUCUCAUAGUGACAUUGUGAAGUGCUUAGUCGACGCCGGCGCAUCCUGUAACAAGCCUGAUGUACGGGGAAUGACACCGAUUAUAUGGGCUUCUGUUUCUGGUCACGUUGAGAUAACUAAACUCCUGAUUCAUGCCGGCGCGGAGAUCCAUGCGUCUGACAACAUCUUCAAAGAAACACCAUUGGCGAUGUCCUGUAAGGGAGGACAUGCGGAUGUUUUCAAAGUCCUUCUAGCCGCCGGUGCCGCAGAAGGUGUUGAACGAACUGCGUUCAUGGAUAUGCUGAAGUACUCGAUUUCUGCAGGUCAUGGCGAGUUGAUUCAGCUUGUCGCAUGCAUGCUGGCAAAGGAUUGUCCUAACGAUGUAUGUGAGCCCAUGCUGAGCACAAUAGACCCUGAGUCAAUAGGCAACACAGAUAGCCUCCGCAUGGCCCUCAUUCUGGCUAAAGGCUGCAACGUACGCCUGAAGAACGCCCAGAGUUACUUAGUCUUGAGGGAUGCUGUUGAUUACAGUGUGUUUGAUCAAACUCUGCUCAUGACAGACGCAGUUUCAUUAGCAGAAGACCUCCAUUUGACUCUUCCUAGAGUCUCGGAACUGAUUCAAUGCCCAGGCAUAGGAAGUGUGAGUUCAAUUUCUGGGAAGAGGGCGAUGGAUGUAAAGGAUUGUAUAAACAAAGAUGUCGACGGUUUCGUUGAGGAUUAUAAUGAAGAAGUAAAAUCUGUCUUAACUAAAGUAGGUUAUGUUGCAAGGAAGGCAUGUGGCAGCGCAGCCGAGGGAACCAAAGUCGGUCUCCCCGACGAAUUUGAUUUCACUUUGAAGUUCUUUCCUCGAAAUGCAGGUGAAAUAAUCGAUUUCAAAGAUGGUUACAAAUUCUAUAAAGUCGAUGAAACCGAUUCCGCAGAAUCUUUACUGUUUGGAAGAGGCAGCAAGGCAUUUCACGAUAAGUUUUCUGAAUAUCUUCGGGACAAAAACCUACUGGACCAGUAUCAAUCAUUGUCCUCCCCUAUGUCUAUAGUACAGGGAGGCGGCCAGGCAAACACCGAACUGAAAGUCGAGUGGUUGGAGCAAGACACUGGCAACAAAUUACUGGUCUCAGUAGACUUAGUUCCAGUUCUGUUCUUCGAGAAUAAAUGGCCGGAGUAUCUGACCCAGAGGACUUGGAUGAUGGACAAAGAAGCGUUGAAAUCUAGAGGAUUUGCUCUCGUGGCCAAGCCGCCUCAUAGGAAGAGCUCCCUCGCCCAAGAGAUCAGUGAAGAAGACCGAAUAAAGCUCUGGCGUAUCUCCUGCCCGCAUCUCGAAACUGAACACAUCGCAAGUCUAGAACCAAGGGUGAAGGAUGCAUACAUUGCAGCCAAGUGCCUUCGUGACCCAGAGGUCUGCAGGAUAAUGUUGAGAGAGAGUGACGGUAUCCUCCAUAACGUGGAGAAGCAUGUUCCGAGCUACCUAUUGAAGACGGUCUUCCUUCAUAACGUUGAGGAUUUCUUACAGAAUGAUAGGAGCUUGAUUGAGAUGGUCUAUACCAUAUACAGCGACUUAGAGUACUGUCUUUCCCAAGGUUUUCUACCUCUGUUCUGGCAACAUGAUGUCAACACACUAGGAGGUCUUAGAGUUGACCCAGGAAAGGCUUUACGGGUGACAAUGUUGAUGAGGGAGUUCGUCCGGCGCAUCUAUCUCAAGGAAACUGAUUGUGAUAAGCUGAGCGAAUCUGGAGAGUUAAGGGAGCGACUACAUUUGGAAUUUGAACAACAACUUGGCGACUUGGAUGAAAAGAAGCACUGUCAUAGAAGCGAAGGCUACGAUGAAGUUACUGUAUACUCUCGUACACACCCUCAAUCACCAGGAACCGGUGAUUUAGGCGAGGAUUGGAGCAUGCCAUUCGAAGGCGAAGACGAAAACAGCAUCGCCGGAAAUGAAAAGAGGGGAACCUGCAUGGAGGACGUGGAAGAGGUCACUGUCUAUUCUCGAACACGUCCUCCUCUACACAGGGCUGUCGUUUACUACGCUUUCACAGAGACGGGUGAACCACACCAAGAUGAAUAUGAAUACGGAUUGCGUUUUCAAAACAGCAACAAGGGACAAAACUAAUAUCAAGGUAGUUUCAUGGACUGGAACCUGCACGAAGGGAGUGGUUGGGAUACCGUUUUUCCUCGCCGUCUCCCGGCCUCCAUAACAGUUUAUGCAAAUCUACGGCUUGGGGACUGUAAGUCUGGAAGGUUGAUUGUAAUUUGGUGAGCAGAUAUCUUUUGACAACUUGACUUGACAUACAAAAAGUAUGUAACCGUCAAAAGUAUCAUUAGCUAUCAAAUGAACAUGGCAUUUUCAAGCUUUGCUGACGCACAAAGUGCAUUAGCCAGUUAGCAGUUCUGGCUGGUUGUUUUUUGAUUUUCGUCUCAAAAUAUACAUGUCUUGAAUGCGAAUUUAGAAGUGCUUAUCAAACAAGUCCAAAAAUUGUUUGUAUUAACAAUGAGGUCCUGAAACCUCUCUAAUACAUGACAGCGCCCCAUACAUUUAAUGUGGUACCCCUGCAUGUCAUAUGCAAUAGAAGAUUGCACGCCUUGGCGAAUUGCCAUGCGUCUCCUUCCGCUAAAAGGAGUUCAAAGCUAGCUUAAUGAGGCGUCAUUUUGUUCGUCUUAGUUAUGACAGGAAAUCACUGAACAUAUCUAUAUUGAGCUGCCCUUUAAAAAAAGCAUCGUUUUAGCCUUUUUAAGGUUCCAAAUUUGCAGUCUUUAUUUGUUUUCGAUAUUGUAUCAUUUCGAAAUAGUAAUUUGCUUGAGUUUCAUAAACUGAUAAAGAGCAGAUAUUCAGAGUCAAUUCUGAAGACGUGUUUACGCUAAUAAAUGCUAUUAUGUACGAGUAACAGAUUACUUUGAAAUAAAACUCCAGCGGUACAUUACUAACCUAGUAA